AUGAGGGGAAGGAAUGAAGCAAUAAUGAAGUGUGAAAACGAAAUUGGUAAUUAUUUCUCGGUACAUUUCAGAUUAGUUUCUUGUUGCACUGUGUUUUCCAACUCAAACAGUUAUCGCGUUUAUCAUUGUUUCGUUUAAAAAGUGUACAUCUUCAAGAUAGAAAAAUGAGCGAAAAGAGCAAAUCCGAAGAUGAAUGCCAAGGAGUUAUCAGACCAGCUAAAACUAUAAGGACUAUAACAACCACCGGCCAUAUAACCACGUGGUCCGAAGAUAUCAACGAACAAGCACCAGACGAUAAUAAAGAACCUAAAAAAGAUACCACAAAUAACGAAUCCAAGACUCCGAGAGAAUCGCCAACGUUACCUAUGAAAAUCGAACAAGCCGAAGAAAUCAAUUACGACAAGCCACAAUCAAGCACCGAACUAGAAGAACACACUUACUUCAAUCCACGAUACGAAAAUAAAGAGAAACCCGACCCUGAGAAAAAGAUCAAUAUCCUAGAAGAAGCGGUAACUAUUAAUAAUGAAAACUUGGAUCAAAAAUUUUACCAAGAUGAAGAAAUGCAAAGAUACUCGCAACCGAUCAAUCAUCGUUAUCAGACAAUUUUAAAUCAUUACAAUUCGGAAAAGUACAUCAAGCACAUAAUCGUAGAUUACCCUCAAGAAGGCCCGAAUCAAAAUUUCGACGAACAAAUGCAGAUGAAAUACGACCACGAAGUUCAAAUGAAAGUAAAUGAUUAUCAAGAAGAAAGUCCAUCUUACGUACCAGAAUCUGGAAAUUACAUGUAUAAGAAUACCGAACAAGAAAACUACACGUUUUAUCAAGAUACCAAAGACGUACCAGAGAACGAAAACGCAUCUCCGGUCAUUUAUAUGAAAGCUGGACCGAACCUACCUCCUGAAAAAUUAUACGGUAAUGUUUUACCAGGCGGUUACGAUGAUCAGAAUCAACAAAAUAAUCAAGUUACUGUUUACACAAGCAACGGUCAAUACAUCAAAGCUUCUGGUAUCGGAAACGAAUACUGGCCAGCAUGUUCACCUGGUACCAUGGAUUACGAUCAAUCGACCAGUAAUGCUCCAGGUCCUCAUGCCAGCGCUGUACUCCAAGUUGCUUCCGCCGAUCACCAAAAUAAUCAUAUUGGGGCUCAAUAUGGUCUCUACAAUGGCAACCAAAACCCCAACAAUUGGUUAGAAGAACAGUACGAUCCCAAUGGCAUGUUAAACAUCGACAUAAAAGAAUGCGUAAACUGUGCAGCGAACGUAACGCCUUUAUGGAGAAGAGAUGGAACAGGCCACCAUUUAUGCAACGCUUGCGGCCUAUACAAUCGAAUAAAUGGUGUAAAUAGACCACCAAUCAGAUCAAAUCAAAAGAAAAUAACCCAACAAAAUGGUAAUAGAAGAACAGGCGUCGCUUGUGCCAAUUGUAAUACUUCAACUACAACACUCUGGAGAAGAAAUAAUAACGGUGAACCAGUUUGUAACGCUUGCGGACUUUAUUUUAAAUUGCAUAGUGUGAAUCGACCUUUGACGAUGAAAAAAGAUGGUAUUCAGACGAGGAAACGUAAACCGAAAAAUCCUAUGAAUGUUUUACAAGCUAACGCAAUGAUGAAAUCUGAUAUGAAAGGAAAUUGCGAUAUUCCAACGUUAUCGGAUGGUACGAAGAUAGUAUUUCCGCACGUUUUCACUUCCUCUUCGGAAUCGAAACAGAAUUACGAAUCUUUACUAACCCAGCAAGAACAUCAAUACAUGACGCAGCCUUCUUUAGUAAUUCAACCGAAUAACUUACUCGGUCGUCAAAUAUCCGAUAUCCCAGCUUUAGAGCCAAUAAACACCCGAGAUGUUGUGACUAGCGUAAUCACAUCAACAUCCAAUCAUCAACGACACGAAUAAUGAUCGAACAUGAAUGAAAGCAAUCACCGUGUAGUCACAAAAUUAUAAUACCUAUUUUAUAUAUUAUUAUCGUUCGACAAAUUACUGAUAAAAUGUUUGUUAAGAUAACGAGACACUAGUUUAACUCGGUUAUAUCAUGUUAAGGUGAUUUGUUGUAUCGAAAUGGUUGACAAUCAAUGUAGUAAAUUUUUUUUAAUCGACUAGUUCUCCCAUAGCUAAGUAUGUUGUGUGUGAUUUCGAUACUCGUAUAUAGGUAUAGGUACUCGUAUUCUAGCGUGUUUAAAUACUUGUUCAUCACUGGUUCAUUUAAAUUAUUCGAUUCGAUCGUAUUCGAGUAUUCGUGUACGAAAACCAGUGGUUCAUGUACACUAUAAAAUGUUAUUAUUAAUACUUAAGUAUUUACUGAAUAUCAACCAUCGUUUGUUUUUUGUUUUAUAAUUAGAGAGUAGGUACAAUGCAGUAUUUUUUUUUUAUUUUUAGUUCGAUUUUUUCCAUUGUUUAGUCAAAUGUGUAUUAUGUUGUAAUUAUUAUUACCAAUACGAUGAUUAAUAGUACCUAUUUAAUUCAAAUUAUUUUAAAUAAUGUAAAUAUGAAUUACUGUAGAGUAAUUUUUUUCAUUUUUAGUUCGAUUUUUUCCAUUGCUUAGUCAAAAAUGUCAAAUGUGUAUUAUAUUGUAAUAUUAUUAUUACGAUGAUUACUUAAUAAUUAAUUUAAAUUAUUUAAAAUAAUGUACAGUAAAUAUGAAUUAUUAGCUUCGUAGUAAACAUCAUAAAGUAUAUAAUAAUGUAAUAUACU